ACACGAUUUAUGCCCAGACUGCGCUAAUGAAACAUCAUGGACCAAACUAAGCAAAAAGAGGAGUUUGGAUACGAUCUAUUCCCGGAGAGAAAUGAAGGAAAACACAGCAAAACGUUGCUCAAAGACAGCCUGCUUGCAUUUAACCACAAGUGUCAAUUCAUGUUACACGUCGCAAUGGAAACUAGUCCUUACGCCAAACUGCUCCUGACGGCCAUGAAGAGCUCCGGCUGUGAAGUGUUGAAAGAGCGGCAUUUCUCCUGCGAGGACUGCGACGGUACGGUUAGCGGUGGCUUUGAUGCGGCGUCCUCUCAGAUUGUUUUGUGCCAGAACAACAUCCAUCAGCAGUCACACAUGAACCGAGUGGUCGCACACGAGCUCAUUCACGCCUUUGACCACUGCCGGGCGCACGUGGACUGGUUCAACAACUACAGACAUCUGGCCUGUUCGGAGAUCCGAGCGGCUAACCUCAGUGGAGACUGCUCCUUCGUUAGUGAAGUUUUCAGGUUAAACUUUGGGUUAAAGCAGCAUCAACAGGAGUGCGUUCGAGGUCGCGCGCUGCGCUCCAUCUUGGCUGUGAGGAAGAUCACCCGGGAAGAGGCGGAGAAGUUGGUGGAUUCCGUCUUCGACUCGUGUUUCAAUGACCACGCCCCCUUCGGACGGAUCCCGCACAGUAAAAAGGACGCCAAGUUUGCUCACAGAGAUUAUGCUAACAGGGAUCGCUAUUACGCAAACCUUUAGUGUCCGCUGUGUGAAGAUUUGGGUUGGAAGGCUGCUGAUGCUGCUGGCGAGGAAGACGACCAGCUGGCCGUUGAGGCGUGCUUCCACAGCAGCAGCAGCAAAGACCGGACAGAGCUGAACCCAUCAUUUCCCUGAAGGGAUGUUCAGGGACAUGAUUUGUCUGCGGGACAGUGACUAGAAGCAGAAGCCGCAGAAGAUUUCAUUUUCUGUCAUUUCAUUGGUUGUUUGCUGAUGAAGGGAAGUUGGGGUUGAAGUUGCCCUUGAAGUGAAUCAUGAAAUGAGGCGUGACUUUUUUAGGUGAUUUAUUAAAAUAAAAGGAUUCUGGUUUGUUUUUGUUGAUCAUAUUGUCAGGAAAAGUGCAGCUGUGACAAACAUGGAUGUUUGUUUUUCCUGCAGUGGUUUUUCUGGACGACCUCCACGUUUCACAUAUUCAGAACUGUUUCUGCCGAUGGCAGGCGCAGGUUUGAUUAAAGUUUCAUUUGAA